AUGGAAUAAUAAAUUCUAAUUCAUAAAGAUAUUGUUUACAUUAAACAUAAUGAAACCAAUUGUUAUCUAACAGACACUUAGGUAUCCUAUCAAAAUGGGUAAUUUUCAUUUUAGAAUUAUUAGAUACCUAUUGGGAACUAAAAAAGAAUAAGAUUAGAAUUCUGUAUGGAUAUUAGAAAAGUAUCGUCCACCUAUUUAGGGAUUCAAAAAGCCUAAUUAUGAUAAAGUUGAAAUUUGGCCAGGGGAUAUGAUUAUUAUAAGAAAUGGAAAAACUGGAAAUACUAUCACUUGGUAAAUAAUAUAGAUUAUUUAAGCAAUAUUGGAAAUAAAUCACCAGUAACAAAAUAGGGUGAAAUGCUAGUUGCAAAUCAAUAUGAAGGAACAGGGGAACAACAAUUCAUAUUGAGAUUUGAAAACUUUGAUGAAAUAAAUUUGAACAAAGUAAAGUUUGUAAAUGUUCUUGAUGAUAAUCAUGCUUUACAUUCACAUAAUAGAUAAUAUAAAAAUCCAAAAGAUACUAAUGAAGUGACAGGAUUUACAGGGGUAGAUUAGAAUGAUUAUUGGAGUAUAAUACCUGUAUAACAAGAAUAUAUUAUAGGCAGCUAGAUCUGUUCGAUCAUCUAUAUUUAUAAAAGAACAAUAAGUAGAUAUAGAAAAACCAAUAAGACCCAGAAACUUUAAAUAUGUUCAUAAUUAAGAUAGAGUGGUGAUUAGAAAUUGUUUCACAGGUGGAUCUUUACAUUCUCAUACUAGCACAUAUUCUCAUGGAAAUAAAUAACAAGAAAUAACUUGGAGAUAUGUUAUAAGAAGAGAUUAAAAUGAUUGGUGGUAAUUAGAUUUGGCAGAUGGUAAUACAGAUAUAACUAGUCAAAUACUAAACAAAUCUCUAUUAUUUUUAACUCAUACUGGAACAGGAAAGAGAUUAAUGCAUAUUAAUGGGGCUAGAAAUAAAAAGAAAGAUUAUCUUGAAGUUAAUUGUGGAGUAUAAGAGGAAGCUGAAUUCUAAAUAGAAGGUAUUAAAGAAUUAUGAUUUUUAGGAGUUGAUAAGGGUAUACCUGAAUUAAAAACUCUAAUUCUUGAAUAUCCAUUUAGACUUAAACAUAUAAAAACAAACUAAUAUUUGGCUGCUCUUAGUAGGCCUUCAAGUAAAACUACUUUUUAAGGAGAAGUUGUAUUAGUGGGAGGAAAAGAACAAAAUACAAUAUGGUAAGUUGAAAAUGUAGAUUCUUUAUUUGAUUGAAU